AAAUUUGCGAUCAGUAAAAUAUUCGCUGUUUUAGAAGAUGCUGUUUUUGCUCAUACGAUUUAUGGUGCUGAAUAUGCUGAUAGGCUUUGGGGCCUUCCUCAAGCAGUAACUUCUACUUUUCCAAGUCUUGACAGCAGUGCCACAAUGGUUUGUUUGACCAGGCAAAAAGCUGGACGAUUGUUCGGGAAUGGUAUCAGCAGAUAUAUUGAUUCCGCUGAUCCAAGAUGGAAUAAUUUGAAUACUUCGUGCAUCCUUGAAGAGCAUGAGAUUCAGUGCUAUGCACGGCGACUCAGCAAGGAUGAGUUCUACCAGCAAUUAAUUGCUGAUCGAGAUCGAAUCAUGAAAUCUUGCAUUCGAAGUGCUCGCUUGCAAACGCAAUGUCAUCCGGGCGACGGAUCACUACUUCGAGCCUGCCUGUGUAGUGCUCGGGAAGAAUUUGAAAAUCGUCUUCAGGCUUCCAUACUGCAGUGUGUCCGAAGCAGCAGCUACAACACGCAAAAGAUUCAUCGUAAUCAGCAGCAACAACACGAGCAAAACAGUCGUCAGCCUGUAAUAGGCUCUGCCGGUACAGAUCGACGUGCAUCUUCUGCACAAACGCAGUUUCGCAUUUCAAGCCCUCAAAUUCCAGUUAUUCCGGCAUCUCCUGUGACUAUUGUACAAGGUGAAUAUUUCAAAAAGACAUUUUUUUCGUAA